AAGCGUCACACAAACAAACUCGGACUAAGGCAUAACUUAAAUCACUGCAAGAAUCUGUUGCUCCAAUAACAGAGGAUGGACGCAGCAUUCCGAAAGGUGAACGGGGACAAUGCCGCUCAGGGCUCCAUGUACCUGGAGGAACGAACAACCAAGUCAGGUGUGCUGUCCUGUAUCUUCUCUCUGAAGGAGGAGGUGGGGGCUCUGGCAAAAACACUGAGACUUUUUGAGGACAAGGGCAUCAACUUGACGCACAUUGAGUCUCGGCCCUCGAGCACGAGCAAGCAGGAGUACGAGUUCCUUGUCAGUGUGGACAGUGCCUGUACCAAAGCCCUGGAAGAGGUCAUCGAAGGACUCGGCUCGCAGAUCAGUGGACAUGUGUAUGAAUUCUCCCGUAACAAGCAAAAGGACACAGUGCCAUGGUUUCCCAACCAUAUUCAGGACAUGGAUCUCCUCGCCAACCAGAUCCUGAGCUAUGGUUCUGAACUGGACUCCGACCACCCUGGCUUCACAGACUCAUUGUACAGAGCCAGAAGAAAAGAAUUUGCUGAGAUUGCCUACAACUACAGACACGGUGAGGCUAUUCCUAGGGUGGAGUAUACAGAGGAUGAGAAGAAGACGUGGAGAACUGUUUUUAAGGAGCUGAAGACCCUGUACCCAACGCACGCCUGCCAUGAACACAAUAGAGUGUUCCCUCUGCUGGAGAAAUACUGUGGCUACAAGGAGGACAACAUUCCCCAGCUUGAGGACAUCUCACGUUUCCUGCAGUCCUGCACAGGAUUCAGACUGCGCCCUGUGGCUGGCCUGCUCUCCUCUCGAGACUUCCUGGCUGGACUGGCAUUCAGGGUCUUCCAUUCAACACAGUACAUCCGUCACGGAUCCAAGCCCAUGUACACACCUGAGCCGGACGUCUGCCACGAGGUUCUGGGACAUGUGCCUCUGUUUGCGGACCCCAGCUUCGCACAGUUCUCACAGGAAAUUGGUUUGGCUUCCCUGGGCGCGCCCGAUGAUUAUAUUGAAAAGCUUUCCACUGUGUACUGGUUCACGGUGGAGUUUGGUCUGUGCAGGCAGGACUCAGAAAUACGGGCCUAUGGAGCUGGACUGCUGUCCUCCUUUGGGGAGCUGCAGUACAGUUUAACAGACAAGCCAAAACUUGAGCCAUUUAACCCUGAAAAGACCUGCCUUCAGACGUACCCCAUCACUGAGUUCCAACCUGUUUAUUACGUGGCUGAGAGCUUUGAGGACGCCAAAGAGAAAGUCAGAAAGUACGCCGCGACCAUUCCCCGGCCCUUCUCGGUGCGGUACAAUCCGUACACACUGAGCAUUGAGGUUCUGGACAACACCCAGCAGCUCACGAACCUGGCCGACACCAUCAGCAGUGAGAUCGGGAUCUUGUGCAACGCCCUUCGUAAAAUGGAAUGAUGAUUUUCACGUCUCCUGCUAAUUCUUCCAGUUGUAAGAUCCAUUACAAGCCACACUUUCUCCAAGUGUAACCCUAUCUGGUUCAGAUACUUUUGAAAUCGACAUAGAGACAAAAAUCGAAUGAUCCUUUGCAGAAUAUAAUGUAUAUAACCUAAUGCAUUCACUGAAUGUUUUAAAGCCUUGAAUAUUAAAUACGUGUUUUAUCUUAUAUGCAUUUCAUAUGAUUGAAGUAGCCUAAAACUAUGAGUUUGUUUGUUUGUUUGUUGUUGUAAAUGAAUCAGAUACAAGAAAAUAAAUAAUCAAAUCAUUUACAAAAUAUUAUUUGUAAAAGUCCAACGAUGAGUGAUUAUCUAUUUUCAGCGCGAGUAAAUCUAGGUGUCGCCGGCACGUAGGCAGAAGAUAAUGACAGUAAUUUUCAGGAUCCAGAUGAGACCAUCUGCACUUAGAAGGAUUCUCACACCAAAGCUAUUAUGAUCCUUUGAGCAGUACGUUUUUUUAAUAACCUGUUCAUUAUAUUUUAUAACCUCAGUGAUUUUUUUUUGAUCUUUCAUUAUCUAUCCUCUUUUUUUGAAAACGAGAAUAUAUCUAGCAACUUGUAUGUCACUGUGGCCAUAAUGUAAAUACGGGGGUUAUAUAAAAGUGAAAUAAUUGUUUUUUGUUUGUUUUUUUGUUUUUUUCAAUUAUAAGACGCAUUAGCCAACAUCUAAAUAUAAAUGUAUAAAUUAAAAAAGCUUUAAUGUGUCAGGCACCAGAGAAGUCUAAUUUUGAAAGAAAGACAUGGCACGUGGGUAAAUACUUACAACGGCAAUGCUUGUUAAAAUAUAAAUCAUUGUAUAUGCAAAUCACUAUAUGCAACAAAGUGUAUUUUAUUCUCCACAUAACAUGUAUACAAAUAAUUAUAAAUACAAAUAAAUCAAUGCGUAUUUA